AUGUUCUCUUCUUAUUCUGUUAUUUUUCUAUUCUUUUCUCUAUUUUCUGUUGUCGCCACAACUGGUCAUCUUCGCUUGGAACUCACUGCAUCUAACGACUUUUCUCUGCAACUCAAGACCAAUGCAAGCUUCCAAGUUCUUCUUCUCAAUAUGGGAUCAACUCGAAUCGUCAGUUUCCACCCGAAGAUUCAUCAAGAAACCAUUGAGAUCACUUUCUCCAAAAGAAGAAGUGCUCCACAAACUCAAAUCUAUCAAAUGAGAACUUCUGAUGUCGCCAACUACCAGACUUUCGUCUUCUCUGAUACUGUUCUUCUUGUCCAAUCUUUCUUCGAAUGUGACAAUGGAUUCGUUGGAGAAUACUGUUUGGAAAAGUCUACUACACCAUCCUCUAAUACUUCAAAUACAUCUAAAUCUACUCUCCAACAUGUCGCCGUCAUCCAUCCGUCUACAACCAACUCUGCUGUCAACAUCAACAACUUCAUCUGUGGAACUCUAGUGAUCAUUACCGUCAUUUUUCUGGUUCUAAUCGUCAUCAUCUACUUCUCUCUUCGUUCCGGACAACAAAACGUCUACAUUCGACCACAAACUUCAUCUCUAACAAAGACAAAGUGCCAAAUCAAUCUCGAAGACUCCAGAUGUCAAUCUCCAGAAAGCGUCAGAUACAGUGCCGCUCCAACUAAUUCUAUUACUAUUACUUUGUAA